CCAUCUCUUUUUCACCAGUUUGAAGCUUUCCCUGAAGACAGAGGCAGCACUGGAGGUGCUGCUGAGGGGCCACACCAGCAGAGAGGAAAUCAACCGGGGGACCACCACCAUGGCCAACUUGACAACCCUCAUGGGCGCUGGGAGGAACUCCUGCACCUUCCAUGAAGAGUUCAAGCAGGUCCUGCUGCCCUUGGUCUACUCGGUGGUGUUCACGGUGGGGUUGCCCUUGAACGCUGUGGUCAUCGGGCAGAUCUGGGUGGCCCGUAAGGCACUCAGCCGCACCAUGAUCUAUAUGCUGAACUUGGCCAUGGCUGACCUGCUCUACGUCUGCUCCCUCCCGCUCCUCAUCUACAACUACACCCAGAAGGAUUAUUGGCCUUUUGGGGACUUCACCUGCAAAUUCAUCCGCUUCCAGUUCUACACCAACCUACAUGGCAGCAUCCUCUUCCUCACCUGUAUCAGCGUCCAGCGGUACCUGGGCAUCUGCCACCCCUUGGCCUCAUGGCACAAGAAGAAGGGGAAGAAGCUGACGUGGUUGGUGUGCGCUGCGGUGUGGUUCAUUGUCAUUGCCCAGUGCCUGCCCACCUUCAUCUUCGCUUCCACCGGCACCCAGAGGAACCGGACCGUCUGCUACGACCUGAGCCCACCGGAUCGCUCCACUGCCUACUUCCCAUACGGCAUCACCCUCACCGUCACAGGGUUCCUGCUGCCCUUCUUGGCAAUCCUCGCCUGCUACUGCAGCAUGGCCCGGAUCCUGUGCCAGAAGGACGAGCUGAUUGGCUUGGCGGUGCACAAGAGGAAGGACAAAGCCGUGCGCAUGAUCAUCAUUGUGGUCAUCGUCUUCUCCAUCAGUUUCUUCCCCUUCCACCUCACCAAGACCAUCUACCUGAUCGUCCGUUCCUCGCCCAGCCUGCCCUGCCUGGAUCUACAGGCAUUUGCCAUCGCCUACAAGUGCACGCGUCCCUUUGCCAGCAUGAACAGUGUCCUCGACCCCAUCCUCUUCUACUUCACCCAACGCAAGUUUCGUGAGAGUACCCGCUACCUCCUUGACAAGAUGAGCUCCAAGUGGCGGCAUGACCACUGCAUUACCUACGGCUCCUAGGUGAGGACGAGGGCCACCUCAGUGUCACCUCCAGGCAUGGAGCAAUUUUGGAUUUAAGCUCCAUGGAGCAGAGAUAGCUUCAUCUGGGGACAUGCUGGAGGACAGAGGGAUGGCAUCUCCCAAGCUUUCAUCACUUCCAUCCCAUCUCCAGCCUGCAGUGGCGCAGUAUUAACCCCAUGAUGGCACAGAUCCAGUGUCCUCUCUCUGGCUUGAUUGCUCAGGUUGAGCAGCUUAACAUCAUGUUUCCUCAGUGUCCAAGCCACCGAUACAAAAAAAGAAAAACCACUAGUGGGACAAUGGAGAACACAAUGGGACCAUGAAGGACACAGUCCCUGGCUCAGAGUGAGCUACUGGGGGGCAAUUUUUUCCCCUUCUCAUUUAAAGAUUCCCUGAUGGGGCCAUGCAAAAUCUGGGGAGGAUUUAGUUGACCUCAUACCUGUCUGGGAAACACAGGACUGUGUGUUCUUCCAGCUCAAAAUAAGUGUCACUGACCUUUUUUUGAGCAAUACGAGGACAUCCCUAUCCCCCAGUUUCCAGAAUGAGGUCACAUGGGUUAAAGACAUGGGCCCACUGGUACCACUGGUGCUGCAAAAUGGUGGGAGAGAAUCCCUGUCCAGACUGAGAACUGGGAAGGGGAACAUAAGAACAACUGCGACACCCAUGCUGAUUUUCCCACCCAAGCAAUGACCAUGGGCUGGCUUAGACACAAGCCAACAGUGCUGUCACCUGCCUGGGGACCUUCAGCAUCAUUGGGGUCCAGCUCCUUGCUUAGCCCAACACCCUAAAUCCGGCCCAUCCUGGCAUCCUUGGCACCCUGCUGUCACUUCUUAACCAGGAUCCACCAAAAUGAGAGCUGGCCCACCGGGACACAAUGCCCAGAGUCAGGAAACCCAUGCCACUGAGCUACUCGGUGUCCUCGGCCAUGUCACCGCACGUCCCACCACCAGCUUGGCCUCUCCACAGCCCCCACACUGGGCUGGGGCUUGAGCUUUGCUCCCUGUGGUCUCCAUUGGGAUGCUGCUCCCUCCCAGCAAGGAGGGAUUUGCUUACACAGCGCGGGGUGAACAUACCACUAAUCGCUCUGUGAGUUUUCUUUAAUAUAUAAGAUGUAUAGAAUAAACCUCCCCUCCUUUUUCUGAUGGAUAUGUACAUGUAUCUACACCCACUAUAUAGACAUACAUCUAAUACAUCCAAGCAGGUAAAGGUCUGUAGCCCAGAACAGGCUACACAGUGCAGAUAUUCUCCGCCCUGAAUACACUAGAUGUAUCUAUACAGUGUAUGUAUGUGUAUAUAAUAUACAUACAUAUAUAUAUAUGGGUAACUAUUUUGCUGUGUUUCUCGCUGGUCAUGUCUAAGUUGAUUUAAGCAAUUUGCUUCAAAACUCCAGGGAUGAGCAUCCCUCUGUCUUGGCUGCUCGCACCCAGCCAAGCGCACGACUUCAUCCCGACUUGCUCCCUGCAUCUUCCUCAGGUACCUGCCAGCAUCCAGGGUUGGUGGUUGCCGUGUGGCUCUUCGCUGUUGUGAGGAUGAGGAGGGUGCCCAGGGUGGUCAUCAGCCCUUGGAUGAUGCUCAAAGAUCUCAGGAUCGUGGUGGGCUGGAAUGGAGAGGGAUCCUGCGACGGCGUUAGCUGAAACCGCCUGGUUCUGCGGGAGCACUGGCCAUGUCCUGGUGGGAAGGACCAUGCAUCGUGACAAUGACUUUGGGUUGGGGCACAGAAUGAGAUGGAGGAGGCAAAGCCAGCCCAGAACUUUCCCUUGGCCAGAGCUUAUCUAUGCCAAAAUCUCCUCCAAUAUAUUUUUGGGGUCCUGCACAAAAUGCUGGAGGGCUGUAGGAGCGGCAGCCGGUGGGAUAAUCCCAGCCUGGUUUUCCCAAGCCUUCCCAGACAAAAGGAAGGUGACAGGGUGGGAGAUGAAGGGCCACGCCAUCCGGACCCAGGAGAGGGCGCAAAAUAUUUAGAUUUGGAGAAAUCCAGCUGGGUCUGUGGGUGCCCACCGCGCUCCGGGGAGGGAUGGAGAAGCUCUGCUCUGUCAUAACACCCUGUGCCUGGAUAGCACCCAUGGGACGAGGUGGCCAGCCAAAACUUAACCACAAUAAAGCUUU